CGCAGGCGUGCUCCAGUCGCCCGCGCGACCCCGCCGCCGCCGGCCGCGCGCCAUGGACGAAACACGAGUUCGCGACCGCGCGCCUCUAACCGUCAUAGUGGCACCAAGCCAUGUAUCGCCACCCAGACUAUCUCCAGCAGACCUUCUCCCUGACGGCGAUGCAGCUUUCCAUCCGCUAUCAGCCGUCAAUGGACGACUUACACCCCCAGGACUCGAGCCAGCGUCAUAUGCUACAUUAACGCCGCUGCUGCCUUUACCUCCGAUCAGCACAGUCUCAGACAAAUUUGCAUACCAUGCGGGAGGUACAUUUACCGUCAUCCAACAACAACAAUCAUAUGCCUCUCUAUCACCCGCGCCAUAUAAUGAACCUUUGUCCCCACAAUCGGCAUAUAGCAGACGGAGUGCGUCCCCGAAUUCAUUUGAAAGGCGGUCCCCCACCCCACCGUUACCGAGCCCGGGCUUGGAUCUGAAUGCGGCUCUCCUAGCGAGGGAGGAACAGGCCCAACAACAGUCUCAGAAUGAUACGGAGGAAAUUAAUACAAAGGAGCUAGCUCAAAGGAUAAGUGGAGAGUUGAAGAGGUAUUCUAUCCCUCAGGCAAUAUUCGCGCAGAGGGUGCUUUGUCGGUCGCAGGGGACGCUAAGUGAUUUGCUCCGAAACCCUAAGCCUUGGUCAAAGCUCAAGUCUGGCAGAGAGACGUUUAGGCGAAUGUGGAAAUGGCUUCAAGAACCCGAAUUUCAAAGAAUGUCGGCGUUGAGGCUAGCAGCGGCCCAGAUCCCGCAGAGAGGCAGUUGCAAACGCAAGGAGGAUAUGGGUUCGGAUAUUCUGCCUUCCCCGAAGAAGCCGCGUUUGGUUUUCACAGAUCUCCAGCGGCGUACUCUGCAAGCUAUUUUUAAGGAAACGAAGAGGCCGUCAAAAGAAAUGCAAGUGACGAUAGCGAGGCAACUCGGCUUAGAACCGACGACAGUUGGUAACUUCUUCAUGAACGCGCGCAGAAGAUCAAUGGACAAAUGGAAAGACGAUGAUGCUCCUUCCACAGAACUGGAUCAGCAAUGCGAGGCCCAGGAUCUAGACCACGUGCCGAGUCUAGAUUCAGCCGAGUCGGAAGAAGAUCACGAUGACCACGACGACCACCUUUUGUGACGCCCUAUCCCCCAGCAGCAUUUGUUAGUGCUAUGAGAAGAAACAGGAGUUGUCACAAAUUUCGAAUGUUCAACCUAUAUGUAUUGAUGAACAAAUUCAGUUACAAAGAUAUUUUACUACGUUUAUUCAUAUAUAGCUUUAUUUUUGAUCAUUUUGCUUUAAUCGUGGUCAAAUUUUGGAUGGUUUUAUAUAUAAUUUCGAUCAAUAUUUUUAUAUAUUGUUGUAUUUCAAUGAUCAUUCGAAAGUUUGUAAGGCAACUUCCGGUUCAAAGUGUACAGAAAGGGACUCUAGUGUGACAAUGGCGUUGGUCCAGACAAACUGAUCUCUCGAUAUAAAUGUUUCUAGUCAAACAUAUAUAGCUAUUUAGUUGUUCUUCAGUAUUAGACGGACGACAUGUAUUUUGUUUUAUUUAUUUAUAGCGUAUUUUAAUCGUUUGAAUGCCUUUCAACGUCUUUGUUUUCGCUUCGAAUACUAUAAAUAUGUUUAAAAUUGUAGCAUAUUUAUGCGUCUGUGAAGAGUGAGGUAUUAUCAAUAGUUUAACGUCGACAAAUUUAUAAAACGUCUCCACGAUAUUAUAUUUGGCAAAUUUUGUGUUGUCAACAUGUGUUGCUGAUAACAGUUUCUGUAAUCAUAAUGUAAUUAUAGAAACUUUUGUUGACAAGAAAACGUUAGGGUAUGGUGUAAUUAUUGGUAAUUUUCUGAUGUAUUCAAAAAAGUUGAAGACACAAAAAUUUGCGAUAUAUUUAAGUGGAAACGUAUUCCAAUGAUCAUAUCAGUUGAAAUGUAUUCAAACGAUUUUUUGCUUUCAUAGUUAGUAGAAGAUGCAAUAAUAAAGGUCAUUUAUGUAAAAAAAAAAAAAACAUUUUUCGACCUUAAAGCGGCAUUUAGCAGAAAUAUCCGAUGAAAUCGGACGAAAAUUAAUGUAAUUUAUUAUAUAUAUUAAUUUGUGGAAAGUUACAAUUUACAAAAAUUCAUACCAACAAAAUGUAUACCCGAGAUGUUGUUAAAAUUAAUGUUAGUUGUACAAUGUUAAAUGUAUCACUGUAACGCGAAAGAUCAGUGUUAGUUCUGAGCAAAAUUUAUUUAUAAUAAACGCACGUUUAAAAUUAUUAAACGCUCGAACGAGGUAUAAAUUUUUGUAACUUGUGUCAGAUAGCGUUGUAUCAUUUCACUCUAGUCAAGAGAUCUCGUGAACAUUCCAGUGACACACGUCGUGGUGUGAACAUCAAUGAAAGCAAAUUCCUGCGUGAUAUUACUUAAUGUUACAAUGAUUAGAUAUAAUUACAUAUUUAAGGAAAGCUUCACGUAUAUAUAAGUAACAAAAAAAAAAUGAAAAUCUAGUCCGAGUUGUGCAAAACGUAGUUUAUUGAAGGUAAAUAUCAAUAAAAGCUUAAUGUACCUAUAUUAGGCCGUGAUUAAGUUUUGCUCGUAUCGUGGUCAGAAUACGUGAUCACGAUUUCUUUACAAAUGAGCGAUUUUUAAAUUUGGAACGCCUGCUAUUUAAUUUUUAUUUAUUCUAAAGUUAGUAUAAUAUAAUUUCACUUUAAAUUAAUAGUAAGUUAUUUAUUUAUACAAUAUUAUAUUUGUACCGCGUUUAUUAUCACACGCAUUCGUUUAGACGUUUUAUACAAUAAUAUAACUUUUUAUGUACCUUAAUAUAUACCAAAGGAAACUGAGAAGUGCAAUUUAGUUAAAUAUUAUAAAUAAUGUUGCUUAUAAUGAUACUUAUGAUUGAAAAAUGGCGCAUUUAUGUUUUAAAGCGGAGUUUACAUGGGUCGACUAAUUGAAAGAUUAUAUCAGUUUGAUUUUAAAGAAUUGAGAUAGAACUAGAAACAAAAGGUAAUAACUUCAUAAUAAUUUGUAUCUUUACGUAUAUGAAAAGAUUCUCUAAAUCUUUCAAUUAGUCUACUAAUAUAAACACUAUCGCAAUGACACGAUAGAUGGCGUUGAUUGUCUUAGAAAAUUGUAAACAGUGUUUUUUUUUUAAAUCUGAAUUCACUGUCAUUCCAAUAUUUAUAUGAUUUUAGAUUUGUCUGUAUGGCUGUUUCAAGGAACUGACUAAACGAUUACAUUUCAAAAUUGUAACGUAUAUUGUUUUUAAACGAUUUUAAAUCAAGAAUGUGUUGUAAUGAUCUGGAAGCCACUGAUCAACUUUUUACAUUUUUAUCCACUCAACGUGAAAACGUAAAUCUAUUGAUAAAUUCAACAUAUUCAAAAUUGAAAAUUUUGUGUCGUUUAAGCCCUUUUAGACAUAAAUAAUUAAUUUUUAAUAAUUACAUCGUUAGUUUUUUUAUUUUAAUUUAUAGUAUGCCUAAAACUUAGUCUAGCUUCCUCAUCGACCACCAUUUUACCGUGCUCACUGUAUUAUCUCUAGUCAUUUCUUUUUAAUAUAGUUUCAUGAAGAUGUGCUUGGUAACCGCCAGUAUAUAUGUGAUGGUUAUAUCAAACUGGUUGAUAUUCCACUGGCUAGUUCAAAGGGCUGGAUCAGGCUACUAAAAAAACAAAUAUUUCCCGAUCGAUAUAUUCUCGGUAACAGACCCGUAGUUCACAUCACAAGGCACGUAGACGGACGAAAGAGUGAACCUGUGUUAGUGCACAAGUAUGUGCACUAACACAUUGCACAGUUUGCUAGCCUUCCUUAAUAUUAGUUAGAAGUAUAUCAUGAUCAUUAAUUUGGUACAUUUUUUAAAUAAACUGGCUUCUGGACAUUUUAAACAGCACGUAAUUAUUUAGUAUCCGAUAAUUAUUUAGAAGAUACGACAGAGCAAUAAAACUAACGAACAACGUAUAAUGUGUUCUAUAUUGAUUUCAUUAUAAUGAUUUAUUUUAAAGUAUUGUUGUUAUUUAAUCCGGUUUCGCUUACGUUAACUAUCGAGGAGUUAUUACUCGGGGAGACUAGGGUGUCCAUCUUAAUAGACUUAUGAAGACUGGUUUGCUGCUAAACAAUUUGAGUGAAAUAGGAUUAUUUAAUAAUAAUAAUGACGUGUUUACUUUUAUAUGAACGCAUAUUUUAUAAUGGCGUCAAUUUUCGUUUUGAUAAUGAAAUUAAUAGUUUUAUUCCCCAUGUUCAAAGAAUUCGAAAUGUACAAUUUUGUUACGGAUUUUUUUUUGUUUAG